AGGGAGCACACAGCACACUCCUUCUCCUCCUCCUGCUCCCGGCUCUCCUCCUCCUCCUCCUGCUCUCGCCGCCGCUGCCGCCGCUGCUGCCGCCGCUGCUGCCGCCGCCGCUGCCGAGGCAGCCCUAGACUGUAGAGCCCGGUGCAGCCCCGCCGCCGGCGCCGCGCCCCCGCCCCGAGAGGGGCGCCCGGAGCGCGGCCGGCGCCCCCCGCACACCCCAGCCCCGCACACCACCUGAGGGCCACCGGCGCGGCUGCCUUCGCCUUUUCUAUUUUUGCGGUUUUGGAUUUUUUUUUUUUUGAGAAUUACUUUAGUGUGGGCCCCCCCCCCAAAAAAAGGAGGGGGAAGGGAGGAAAAAGUAUAUAUAUUUUUACCCCCCCUUCCUUAUUUUCGUUGUCCAUUCGCAUCUGCUUUUGGAUGGUGGGAGAUUUUUCUUUCGGAGAUCUUUUCGAUUGCCGGGCAGGAUUGAUUUUCACCCCUGGUGUCCCCCAAACUACAAAAGAGAAAGAUUCGCUUUGUAAACAAAUCAGUGUUGUUGGAGGUGGUUUUUUGGGGGGGUAUUCUUGUUGAUAAGAAAAAGUGCUUAAAACAGAACACCCCGAUGCUUUUCUUUUUAUUAGUUUUCUUCCCUAUUUGUAUUAACUAUGUGAAUUUUUGCUGAGGUGGAAAUACUAACGGAUUUUUGCUUUUCGGUGUAUCUGACGCUUCUUCAAACAUUGUCUUGUAAUUUUUUUUAAAAAAAAGCUUCCCCGCUUCUCCCCCUCCCCUUUUUUUCUUUUUUCUUUUUCUUUCCCUCUCUCGCUUUUUUUUUCUUUUGGAGGUUGGGGGUGGGGGGCGAAGGCUGGGAAAGUUUGGUGCAAGCCACCGUUCGGAGCGGGGAGCCCCCGGUAGCCGCGAGCCCCGCGCGCGAGCGCGAGCAGGAGCCGGAGCGAGGAGCGGAGCGCGGAGCGAGGGCGCGAGGGAGGCCGAGCGGAGGGCGCGAGGCGCCGCGGCGCGAGGGGCGCGCGGCCACGAGGAAGUGUAGUUUCUUACAGGGCUGAAUUGAAACAACUUCAGCUGUUUGCUUUUAGGAUGUCUCGCCGCAAGCAAGCGAAACCGAGAUCCCUCAAAGACCCCAACUGUAAACUUGAAGACAAGAUUGAAGAUGGGGAGGCAGUAGACUGCAAGAAGAGGCCAGACGACGGGGAGGAGUUGGAGGAGGAUGCUGUGCACAGCUGUGACAGCUGCCUCCAGGUGUUCGAGUCACUGAGCGAUAUCACAGAGCACAAGAUCCAUCAGUGCCAGCUGACAGAUGGAGUUGAUGUUGAGGACGACCCCACCUGCUCUUGGCCAGCUUCCUCACCUUCCAGUAAGGACCAGACUUCCCCUAGCCAUGGUGAAGGCUGUGAUUUCGGAGAGGAAGAAGGUGGCCCUGGACUGCCUUACCCGUGCCAGUUCUGUGACAAGUCCUUUAGCCGCCUCAGCUACCUAAAGCACCAUGAGCAGAGCCACAGUGACAAGCUGCCCUUCAAGUGUACCUACUGCAGCCGGCUGUUCAAACACAAGCGGAGCCGUGACAGGCACAUCAAGCUCCACACGGGGGACAAGAAGUACCACUGUAGCGAGUGCGACGCAGCGUUCUCCCGGAGCGACCACCUCAAGAUCCACUUAAAGACUCAUACCUCCAACAAGCCAUACAAAUGCGCCGUCUGCCGCAGAGGCUUCCUGUCUUCUAGCUCCUUGCACGGACAUAUGCAGGUUCAUGAGCGGAGCAAGGACGGCUCCCAGUCUGGCUCCAGGAUGGAGGACUGGAAGAUGAAGGACACUCAGAAGUGCAGCCAGUGUGAGGAAGGCUUUGACUUCCCAGAAGACCUCCAGAAGCACAUCGCAGAGUGCCACCCCGAGUGCUCCCCAAAUGAGGACAGGGCAGCCCUCCAGUGUGUGUACUGCCACGAGCUGUUUGUGGAGGAGACCUCCCUCAUGAACCACAUAGAGCAGGUGCACGGGGGUGAGAAAAAGAACUCAUGUAGCAUAUGCUCAGAGAGCUUCCUCACUGUCGAGGAGCUGUAUAGCCACAUGGACAGCCACCAGCAACCAGAGUCCUGCAAUCACAGCAACAGCCCUUCCCUGGUCACCGUGGGAUACACCUCUGUGUCCAGCACCACUCCAGAUUCCAACCUCUCAGUGGACAGCUCAACCAUGGUGGAGGCCGCACCACCAAUUCCAAAGAGCCGCGGGAGGAAGCGAGCUGCCCAGCAGACCUCCGAUAUGACUGGCCCCUCCAGUAAACAGGCAAAAGUCACCUACAGCUGCAUUUACUGCAACAAGCAGUUAUUCUCGAGUCUCGCGGUCCUGCAGAUUCACUUGAAAACUAUGCAUUUAGAUAAGCCGGAGCAGGCUCAUAUCUGUCAGUAUUGCUUGGAGGUCUUGCCCUCACUCUAUAACCUAAAUGAACAUCUUAAACAAGUGCACGAAGCUCAGGACCCGGGCCUGAUUGUUUCGGCCAUGCCUGCCAUCAUUUACCAGUGCAACUUCUGUUCCGAAGUUGUCAAUGACCUCAACACCCUUCAGGAGCACAUCCGAUGUUCUCACGGGUUUGCCAAUCCCGCAGCCAAGGACAGCAAUGCUUUCUUUUGUCCCCAUUGUUACAUGGGGUUUCUCACAGACUCUUCCCUUGAAGAGCAUAUAAGGCAGGUCCACUGUGACCUCAGCGGCUCCCGGUUUGGGUCUCCUGUGCUUGGGACUCCGAAAGAACCGGUAGUUGAAGUCUACUCCUGUUCCUAUUGUACAAACUCGCCAAUAUUCAACAGUGUUCUUAAACUGAAUAAGCAUAUUAAAGAGAAUCAUAAAAACAUUCCCUUGGCCCUGAAUUAUAUUCACAAUGGGAAGAAAUCCCGGGCCCUGAGCCCCUUGUCUCCUGUGGCUAUAGAACAGACAUCGCUUAAGAUGAUGCAGACAGUGGGAGGUGGCCCUGCCCGUGCUGCUGGAGAAUAUAUCUGUAACCAGUGUGGUGCUAAGUACACGUCCCUAGACAGCUUUCAGACUCACCUCAAAACCCAUCUGGACACCGUGCUGCCGAAACUGACCUGCCCUCAGUGUAACAAAGAGUUCCCCAAUCAGGAGUCCCUGCUGAAGCACGUGACCAUCCACUUCAUGAUCACCUCAACCUACUACAUCUGCGAGAGCUGCGACAAGCAGUUCACCUCCGUGGACGACCUCCAGAAGCACCUGCUGGACAUGCACACCUUCGUGUUCUUCCGCUGCACGCUGUGCCAGGAGGUGUUCGACUCGAAGGUGUCCAUCCAGCUGCACCUGGCCGUGAAGCACAGUAACGAGAAGAAAGUGUACCGCUGCACGUCCUGCAACUGGGACUUCCGCAACGAGACCGACCUGCAGCUGCACGUGAAGCACAACCACCUGGAGAACCAGGGCAAGGUGCACAAGUGCAUCUUCUGUGGCGAGUCUUUCGGCACCGAGGUGGAGCUGCAGUGCCACAUCACCACGCACAGCAAGAAGUACAACUGCAGGUUCUGCAGCAAGGCCUUCCACGCAGUCCUCCUGCUGGAGAAGCACCUGCGGGAGAAGCACUGCGUGUUUGAAACCAAGACCCCCAACUGCGGCACCAACGGAGCCUCGGAGCAGGUGCAGAAGGAGGAGGCCGAGCUGCAGACCUUGCUCACCAACAGCCAGGAGUCCCAUAACAGCCACGACGGGAGCGAGGAGGACGUGGACAGCUCCGAACCCAUGUAUGGCUGCGACAUCUGCGGGGCGGCCUACACCAUGGAGACUCUGCUGCAGAACCACCAGCUCCGGGAUCACAACAUCCGACCGGGAGAGAGUGCCAUCGUGAAGAAGAAGGCGGAGCUCAUUAAAGGGAAUUACAAGUGCAACGUGUGCUCGAGAACCUUCUUCUCUGAGAACGGGCUCCGUGAGCACAUGCAGACUCACUUAGGCCCUGUCAAACACUACAUGUGCCCCAUCUGUGGAGAGCGCUUCCCUUCCCUUUUGACUCUGACCGAACACAAAGUCACGCACAGCAAGAGCUUGGAUACUGGAAACUGUCGCAUUUGCAAGAUGCCCCUGCAGAGCGAAGAGGAGUUCUUAGAGCAUUGUCAGAUGCACCCUGACCUGAGGAAUUCCCUCACCGGGUUUCGCUGCGUGGUGUGCAUGCAGACUGUGACCUCCACCUUGGAACUCAAAAUCCACGGGACCUUCCACAUGCAGAAGACGGGGAACGGGUCCUCCGUGCAGACCACCGGGCGUGGCCAGCACGUUCAGAAACUGUAUAAGUGCGCAUCUUGCCUCAAAGAGUUCCGUUCCAAGCAAGAUCUGGUGAAACUUGAUAUCAACGGCCUGCCAUAUGGUCUCUGUGCCGGCUGUGUGAAUCUCAGUAAGAGCAGUAGCCCGGGCCUCGGUCUCCCUCCUGUUGCGAGCAGACCAGGCUUGGGCCAGAAUGAGAGUCUGAGCGCCAUGGAAGGAAAAGGCAAGGCAGGGGGUCUGAAGACGACUCGCUGUUCAAGCUGCAAUGUCAAGUUUGAGUCUGAAAGCGAACUGCAGAACCACAUCCAGACGGUGCACCGGGAGCUCGUGCCAGACGCCAACAGCACACAGUUGAAAACGCCCCAAGUGUCACCCAUGCCCAGAAUCAGUCCCUCCCAGUCAGAUGAGAAGAAGACCUACCAGUGUAUCAAGUGUCAGAUGGUUUUCUACAACGAGUGGGACAUCCAGGUUCAUGUGGCAAAUCACAUGAUUGAUGAAGGGCUGAACCAUGAAUGCAAACUCUGCAGCCAGACCUUUGACUCCCCUGCCAAACUUCAGUGUCACCUGAUAGAGCACAGCUUCGAAGGGAUGGGAGGCACCUUCAAGUGCCCCGUCUGUUUCACAGUGUUUGUCCAAGCUAACAAGUUGCAGCAGCACAUAUUCUCCGCCCAUGGACAAGAAGACAAAAUCUAUGACUGCACACAAUGCCCUCAGAAGUUUUUCUUCCAAACAGAGCUACAGGAGCACUUUAAUCAGGAGCCACUGCAGGCUGAGGGUGAGUAUGCACAUUGCCCCUGAGAACUGCCAAUUCUUCACUUCAUCUGGUAACUGCAGACGCUGCAAUCCGGACCACGCCAUCUACACUGGGGACUGUGAGUGUUCAGAUGUAUCAUAACUCAGGUAAGCUCUCCACAACUAAUGCUCUCAUAGUGAGACUAGCUGCAGGGUACAACCAAUGGAAGUCAAGGUCCCUUACCUCAUCCUGCCCCCGACUACCACUGACUCUCUGCUGUCCUUGCCUGAAUCAGCAAAAAGAAUAGAAUUCCCUCCCACAGAAGGGCAAACUUCAUUUUCCGAGAGCCACAUUCCACAUCCUGUCACAUCCUGUCACAUCCUGUCAGAGGUGGGAGCCUUCCAGCUUCUUUAAGCCAUGGGGAGACAGCUCACUUGGUAAGGCACUUGCCUUGCAAAUGCAUGACUCGAAUUUGAUCCUCAGAACUGAAGUAAAGAACUCACAUGUGGUGGCACACACUUGCAAUCCUAAAGCUACGGAAGUGGAAACAAGAAAUCCUACAGAUCUCCGGCCAGUUAACCUCGCCCAAUCAGUGAGUUCAAGGCCAGGGAGAGAGUCUUUUCCAAAAAAAAAGCAAGGAGGAUGGCACCUGAGGAGCCCAAGAAUGACUCUGGGAUUCCAUACACAUGUACAUAGGUGUGUAUGCGCACACAUGCACAUAUGCACUUAUAUGUACACAUGCACAUAUGCAUGUAUAUGCCCACAUGCACAAAUAGAAAAUAAAUACCAUGGCUACUUUAAUUAACUUAAAUGGAGUUCUAAAAUUUAGUUCCUUCCCCUCAGUACCCCUCCCACUUUUAUCCCUUAGGUAUAGAAAAGGUCCCUUCAUCUGGCUCACUCUUUCUCUGUCUCAGUAUCUUUUUCUUAUCCUCAGCUUUCACUAUGUAUUUAUGUCUUUCAGUAUAUGCAUAUUGCACACACACACACACACACACACACACACACACAUAUUUCUAGUAUAUAUUUUCAUCCUCCCAGGGCUUUUUUUUUUUUUUUUUUUUGCUUGAUUUUCUUCUAAAUUUCUCAGUUUGCGGUCUGCUUCUAUAUCCUCCCCUUCCUGGCUGCUGCCUCUCCUUUUACUGAGAAUGUGUUUUCCAAGGUCACCUGCGAUGGCCUCAGCCACCGGUCAGUCUUGGUCAUCUUGCUUAUUACUCCUUCUUCUGCCCUAAUCCUCCUGCCCAGCUCUGCGUUCUCGCUUGAAAAUACUCUUAUACUGAGUCAUUCACAUACAUUAACUCCACUUUCUGGUUUCUCACCUUCCCCCAUUCCACCCUAUAUAUGGCUAUCAUGUUAAUCUGCAUAAAACACGUUUUAUACCAGUUUCUCGUUCGGGAAGUACUUAAGGCUCCCGAGGUAAUAAUGAGCAAGGAAGAUCAAACUGAAGACUUUCUCUCCUACUUAGCAGUCACGUAUACCAAAUUCCUUCUCUUUCUGACGUGACUUCUCCCACCUUCAGUUUGAGGGAUAGGUAAACUUACAAGAUACUGCAGCAUUGUUUCUAGCAUUUUAUCAGGGCUAGAAAUACAUGAAGCGUAGUAAAUGUAGCUUAGUAAAGAUGUAUUUACUCCAGACUCUCUUUGGGCCAGUUCUAGAAAUUUUUUUACAUCAAACUUUUUACCCUUCCCAUUCCUCUGUGUCUCUAUUUCUAAUCUUUCGAAAAUACACACUCCUUAACAGAUUGUCUGCCCUGAGAACCUUAAAUAAUAAUUUUAUCCACCACAAGAAGUUUAAUAUUUCUUUGACUUUCUGGAGGAAUAGCCUAAUUGUUGAUUUAGUUACUUCUCUGUCAGUGUGAUAAAACAUCAUGGCCAAGGUGACUUUCAGAAGGGAGCGUCCAUUCUCCCUUACAGCUCCAGAAGGAAAGUCCACAACAGUGAGGAGGAUGUGGCCAAAGGCAACCAGACCAGGAAGCAGAGAGCGCAUCUCCAACCACAAGCCGAAAGCAGAUAGAACAAGUGGGAGUGAGGCUUUGCUGUGUGCUCUCCAAGCCCACCCUUCAGCGAUAUCCUCCCUCCAACAAGUCUGUACCCCUUUAAUUCCCCAAACAGGAACACCAGCUGGGAAACAAGUGUCCAGGUGCCUCGACUAUGAGGAAAAUUUCUCUUCCAAACAACCAUGUUUGUCCUGUUCAACGUUCCCAGCCUGGUGGUUCACCCAGACUCAACCUGCUUCAAGUCUUUGCAGAUUUGGGUACCCGAGUCAAACAUGUAACCACAAGAAGCCCCAGAUGAACAUCAAGAGGUGGUCAGAAUCGCCCAAGAGGAUCUGCUUUCCUUCCAUGAGCAAUGAGUUUCUUAGUGCUGGAUAAGAUGUUUAACUAAAUUACAGAAGGCAUUCCAGUCUCCCAGAGGGAACUGGAAGGAUUCCGCUGAGAAUCAUCAUGCCAGUUAGCUUAAGAAAGAAGAGGUGGGUGUCACUUUAAGAUAAGACGCACCCAGAGCUUUCGGUAUACAUCAGUCUCAGCUCAGGGAUCAUUCUCUGACCUCGGGCCUUCCGAUUGCCUAGCCUAGUUGAUUUCUUUCUUCUAAUUAGUGUAGUGGGGAGUGAAGGUUGGGUUCCUCGUGACAGGGCUAGGGAAUGGAAGUGAUGGAGUUUGAGCAUCUUCUGCAGAUCAGAUUGUGAUUCGCUAUCAUCCAAGGAGAAACUUCUUGAUGCUGCACCAUUGUGGUGACUAUCUAUGUCCAGUGUGAGUUCAGAUAUGACCUUUCCCCCCAUCUUCUGCAGCCAGGGAAUACGUGAGUGGGUAAAAGAUGAUGGUGGGCUCCUCUGUCCCUAGGUUCCUCACCUCUCUCAAUGGUCUACACCCAUCCUCUACACACUUUACCACACUCAGCUCUGACAACUCUCCACUGCUGUAGGAUUUUCCUCAGGAAACCCUGGAGGGCACUGCUUUUUGGAAAUAGCUUUAACAACUACAUGGGUAAUGAAGGGGACCUGCGUUGCUUUUGGCGAGGCAUCAAAGGAGACUCGGCCCAACACUGGCCCGACCAGAGUAGGUAGUAACCCCAGUUGGGCAGCGAGCAAGUGAGACUAGCAAAUAUUUAUUUAUUCCAUUUGUCACUUUCUUUGUUUUUUUUUCUCCUCCUCCUCCUUCUACAGAUAAUGUGGCACUCCUUAGUAUGGAGCCCAGUCUGACUCCAACUCACUAAGUAGUUCAUCCUAGCUGUGCUCACUUCAUGAUGAUCAUCUUGGCUCAGCCCCCAGAGUGCAGAGAUUAUCCCUAGAUAAAGAGAGAAGAUUCGAUGUGAUGUUUUGGUUUGGUUUAGUAGGGUGGGGAAGGGUGUGCUUGUCACUGAGAGUUGAGAAAACUAAAUUUCUUUACCCUUUACAAAAUUUCAAGUCAAGGUGUAUUACUCACUACUGAUCGUACAGGAGGUUCUCAAUUUCUUAAUUGUACCAAAAAAAUCUUAAUUAAACUGUUUUAAUUGAAUUCCUAAUAAAAAUGAAAUGUAAAUUCUUAAUUGUGCAGGAAGAGGUCUUAAAUUCUUCAUGAAGAGUUUAACCUGGGUAUUUCUGGUCGUAGGGAUGAAGAAAACAGAAAUCUGGAACCCGGAGAGUACGGGAUUGGAUGGCAGCUCACCUCACAGCCAUAGACACUCCGGGAGCACAGUACUAAGAAGGGGGUGGCUGGAGCAAGAGUCUGCAGACAGAAGGAGCUCACUCCCCUGCAGGGGACUGCAGAGCUGGCUGCCUGGGUGUCACGAUGGCUGCCCACCUCACCUGUCCUGCACCCUAUCUAUCUACACUUGACUUCAGUCCAGCAAAAUCAAGUUGUGCCAAUGCCGAUGCUGUGUGGCUGGAAUAACAGUGUGAGUUUCUCUGGCUUCGCUGUUUAUCCCCAGAGGCUUUAUCCCAAGAGGCCUCAUAGAGUAACUUUUGUAUAGUGAUUUCUCUUGGAACUUUGAGGCAUUCUGGUGUUAAGUGUAAAAGCAAUAAACAUUGUGUACAAACUACGUAUGUGUCUCCCUAAAUCCAUAGGACUCUCACCUGAUAUCGGAAUGGUAAGGCAACUUUGCCAGGGUCUUGAAGGGAAGCGAAAGUAUAAAUCAAAGUCAAUGAUUAUAUGAUGAAAAAAAAUCAGAACAAUUUGUUUUCAUGGGCCAUGUAUUUUAUUUAUCACUUAAAAUUUAGUGAGAUGACUCUGUAGACAAAGGGGCUUGCUGCUGAGUCUGAGGACCCGAGUUCAAUCCCUAGGUCCCACAUGGUAGAUGGGAGAACAGACUGGUGUAAA